AUGCCUCCGCCCUGGGGCCUCAUGCUCCCGCUACUGCUCCCCUGGGUGGCAGGUGGAUUCGGGAUUGCGGCCAGUCCAAGGAAUCACGGGUUGUCAGUCCUAGCACGCCAGCCUGGGGUGUGUCAUUAUGGAACUAAACUGGCCUGCUGCUAUGGCUGGAAGAGGAACAGCAAGGGAGUCUGUGAAGCUGUAUGCGAACCUGGAUGCAAGUUCGGUGAGUGUGUGGGACCAAACAAAUGUAGAUGUUUUCCAGGAUACACUGGGAAAACCUGCAGCCAAGAUGUGAAUGAAUGUGGAGUCAAAGCCCGGCCAUGCCAACAUAGAUGUGUGAAUACACAUGGCAGCUACAAAUGCUUUUGCCUCAGCGGCUACAUGCUCAUGCCAGAUGCCACAUGCAUGAACUCUAGGACAUGUGCCAGGAUAAACUGCCAGUAUGGCUGUGAAGACACAGAAGAAGGGCCACGAUGUCUAUGUCCAUCCCUGGGUCUCCGUCUUGCCCCAAAUGGAAGAAUCUGUCUAGAUGUUGAUGAAUGUUCCUCUGGUAAAGCAGCAUGCCCCCAUAAUCGAAGAUGUGUGAAUACAUUUGGAAGCUACUAUUGCAAAUGCCACAUUGGUUUUGAGCUGAAAUAUAUCAGUGGUCGAUAUGACUGUGUAGAUAUAAAUGAAUGUGCUGUGAAUACCCAUACGUGCAGUCUCCAUGCCAAUUGUCUCAAUACCCAAGGAUCCUUCAAGUGCAAAUGCAAGCAAGGAUAUAAAGGCAAUGGACUUCUAUGUUCUGUUAUCCCUGAAAAGUCUGUGAAGGAAAGCCGCAAAAUACCUGGGCCCAUCAAAGACAGAAUCAAAAAGUUGCUUGCUCACAAAAACAGCAUGAAAAAGAAGCUGAGAAUCCAAACUGUCACCCCAGGACCCACUGGCACUCACCCCCCUAAGGUUAACUUGCAGUCCUUCAGUCCUGAAGAGAGUGUUGCCAGGAAUGGUCACACUAAUAGAGAAAAGCCAGGGAAGGAAGAGAGAAUGAAAGAGGGGCUUGAGGAAGAGAAAACAUUAGAGAAAGCCUUGAAGAAUGAUGUGGAGCAGGAACGAAGCCUUCGAGGAGAUGUGUUUUCCCCUAAGGUUAAUGAAGAAGGUGACUUGGAUCUGGUUCUGACCCAAAGAAAAUCUCUAAAUUCCAAACUGGAGCACAAAGAUUUAAACAUCUCAGUUGACUGCAGCUUUGAUCAUGGGGUCUGUGACUGGAAACAGGACAGAGAAGAUGAUUUUGACUGGAAUCCUGCUGAUCGAGAUAAUGCCGUUGGCUAUUAUAUGGCAGUUCCAGCAUUGGCCGGGCACAAGAAGGAUGUCGGCCGAUUGAAACUUCUCCUGCCAGGCCUGCAACCCCAAAGCAACUUCUGUUUACUCUUUGACUACCGGCUGGCUGGAAACAAAGUAGGGAAACUUCGAGUGUUUGUGAAAAACAGUAACAAUGCCUUGGCAUGGGAAGAAACCAAGAAUGGGGAUGAAAGAUGGAAGACAGGAAAAAUUCAGUUGUAUCAAGGGAUUGAUACUACCAAAAGUAUCAUUUUUGAAGCAGAACGUGGCAAGGGCAAAACUGGAGAAAUAGCAGUGGACGGCGUCUUGCUAAUCUCAGGCUUCUGUCCGGAUGACCUUCUAUCUGUGGAAGGCUGAGUGCUGCUAUCAACUUUUAUAUCUUUAUAUUUGCCUUUUUAUAUCAUUCUCUUUUUAUAUUACAUUAUAAGCUCCUCCAAUUUAGAAAUACAAACUGAAAAAUUAUAUUGUACCAAUGGAAAUGCCAUUUUUAAGAUUCUUUUCUUGUAUCAAGUGUGCCAAUGUUCACUUUAAAUAUACUACCACUGUAGCAUUUCGUUCAUUUCUGGAAUUUCCACGUUAUAUUAUAAAAAGUGGAGGUGGAAGUUCAUGUUCCCAACGCAGUAGAUCUGCUUUUUCUAGUUGACUUGAUGAAUUUCUCAAUCAAUAGUUUGGAAUAAAGACAAAAACAGUUUAAAAAAUGGUUAGCUGUUUGACUUUUGUGGUGAUUCUUGGAAAUUGUGACAUUAAAAAUAAUCUUUGCCUAA